CCAUGCUUUAUAUUCACCACUUCCUUACCUUCACAGACCCCUCUCUCACUUCAGUCUCCUCUCCCAUUGCCUUCUUGUGCUCAGUUUUUCUGAAGCAAAGAUGGUGCAAAGAAGAAGCCUAAACCCUUCCUUCAUAUGGGCUCUGAUAGUUGUCUUAGUUUCUCAGAACUUGGUGAUCAUUCCUGUCAUGUCCAGAAACUUUGAAGAUCAGAAGAACUACUACUCCUCCCCCAGCCCACAUACAGGAGAUCCACAACACAGUCAUCACCAUGGAACUUCACCAUCACCCCCACGUGGGACUGGUGGAAGCAACAAUCCAACACCUUCAACACCUUCUACAGGCAGUGGUGGAAAUGUCCACUCUCCUCCAACUUCUGGCACUCCAUCCAUUCCAACUGUGGAGCCCAGUACCCCAACCAUUCCUAGUCUCUGUCCACCAUCACCAUUGAUUCCUGAUCCCAAUACACCCAUCACUGGUACAUGCAUUUUCUGGAGCACACACCCAGGGCUGAUAUUGAAGCUGCUAGGCUGGUGGGGUUCAGUGGGAGGUGUGUUCGGUAGUCCGGCCACUCCAACAAUGGGUACAGACCUUAGCUUGCCGCAGGCACUUUCCAACACACGCAGUGAUGGGAUCGGUGCACUCUACCGAGAAGGAACAGCUUCCUACCUCAACUCCUUGGCGAAUAAGAAGUUCCCCUUCACAACAAAGGAAGUCAAGGACAGUUUUGUGAGGGCAAUAACUUCUAACAAGGCUGCAGCAGCUCAAGCAGAGCUUUUCAAGCAAGCUAAUGAGGGUCACCUCAAGCCCAAAGCUUGAAAACAGAGAACUCUUCAAGUUUUAAUAGCUUUUGAGUUUCUUAGGGUUUGUUUGCAUGGAUUUUUGUUUGGUACUGUUGCUGUUUGUUAUCAAGCAAGCUAAUGAGGGAAGCCUCAAGCCCAGCAGUUUUUUAAUAGCUUUUAAGUUUGUUUUGGGUUGUUUGCAUGGAUUUUUUUAGUUGGUUACUGUGUGUUUCCACGAUGGGUCUAUGUUUGAGCAAGUUUCUGAUAAAGAUGAUUACCUUUGUUUUAGUAAUGGCAGAUAUUUUAUGAGUUCUUAA